AUGUCUACCCAUACUGCGUAUACUAUCGAUGGUCCGUUUGACGUGUACGCCCAAGAGGGAGCGUAUACUAAAACCGAUCUUGACCAGUCUUUAUCAUUCAUGAACUCUAUGGAGGAUGUUGUGGCGCCCACCACAGAUGAGUUCGACUCUGAUCUCGACGCUCUAUUCGAAGGAAUCAACUUUGAUGCUCUUACGGUGCAAACUACCAACCCUCGGGCCUUUCAGUUUCAUGGGUCCGAUUCAUUCAGUCUCCGUGGACCUGCGUCUGCGUUCACUUUCUCAUCCUCUGAGUCCUCUUAUGAGUCACAUUCGACUCAUUCCGAGUCCUCUUACGGAUACUCGUCUCGCGAUGCCGCUUCGGAUUAUUCCUUAUCAUUCGACCUCGACUCGGAGUAUCAGAGGUUUAGCGUUGAUACCCAGGCCCAAAGCCAAGGUAUCACUCUAGGCAGAUUGGAUUGCAUCGAUCCUACCGCAUUCAACACGAUGCCUGCAUCUCCUUACAAUCCAUCUGACCUCGCGCUGAUAGCCACAAAAUCAUACGAUAGCAAGUCCAGUUUUUCUGACUAUGGGCCAUCCACCCCCAACUUUUUGAACCAGUUGGCAAGCUAUGGCACAAUCGCAGGCGCUACUGUUUCAGUUGAUCAGAUCGACUCUCAUCUUUCAGGAGUCUACUCGAUUGCACUAGCGCCCUCUUCUACGGAUGAUUCUCGCAAAGACAAUUCCAGUAAGAAGAAGUACAAGUGUACCGUUUGUACCCGUGGUAAGACCUGUUACUUCACUAGCCGCAGCAAGAUACUUAUCUGA